AUGGUCACGGCUCCACCGAAUGAGCAGCUUCCAAACCGCCCGGCGUCUGUUCGACCCUUCGACGCCACGCCUCGAUGUGUCACCCGCCAGUCGUCGCGGCGACACGCCGGCGAGCUGAGAGCCCCCAGCGAGCGGCAGAGCGGCUCAGUGUCUCCGCGCCCGAGAGCAGGCAGAGCAGGCAGCGACACCGGCCAGCAGCAUGGGGCCACGGAGCGCGCCGCGCGGGUGAGAGCUCCCCGACGCCUGGGGGCAAAGGAGGAAGAGGAGGAGGAGGAGGAGGACAACCCCCUGUGGAGCGCGACCCCCCCCAAUCCCCCCGCCCAUGCCCUAACUUUGUCACCCUUUGAUCGCCGCGGCAACCGUCUCUCAUCCUCCUUCCGGCUCGGCUCCGACGGCCCCCCGAGGCCAGGCAUGGACCCCGGCGGCCCGUCGGAGAGCCAGAACGCCAGCUUCCCGCCCUCCGUCGCCGGCGGUGUGGCGGCGGGCGCGGGCGGCGGCGGCGGCGCCUGGGGCGUCACGGGCAGCGGCCCCUGGCUGCUGGCCUUCAUGCUGGGCGCCAUCAUCCUCGUGACGACGUGCGGCAACGUGCUGCUCAUCGCCCUGGUGCUGGCCCACCGCGCGCUGCGCUGCACCUCCAACUGCUUCCUGGUCUCGCUCUUCCUGUCCGACCUGAUGGUGGCGCUGGUGGUGAUGCCGCCCGCCAUGCUCAACGUGCUGUGCGGCGGCUGGGUGCUGUGGCCCGCCUUCUGCCCCGUGUGGCUCUGCUUCGACGUCAUGUGCUGCAGCGCCUCCAUCCUGAACCUGUGCGUCAUCAGCCUGGACCGCUACCUGCUCAUCAUCUCGCCGCUGCGCUACAAGCAGCGCAUGACGCCGCCGCACGCCCUGCUGCUGGUGGCCGCCGCCUGGGGGCUGGCCGCGCUCGCCUCCUUCCUGCCCAUCGAGAUGAGGUGGCACAGCCUGGGCCACGGGGGAGGAGGAGUCGGUGGUGGAGGACACCACCUGCCGACGCACGGGGUGCUGGGCGGCGGCGAAGGGGGCAACGCCAGCCUGUCGUCGUACGGCUCCCCGGCGCCGUACCCGCCGCCCUAUUUCCAGCCGGCGGGGGGCCCCGGGGCCCCGGCCUUCCAGUGCCGGCUGCAGGUCACGCUGCCCUUCGCGCUGGUGGCGUCGGUGCUCACCUUCUUCCUGCCGUCCGGCGCCAUCUGCUUCACCUACUGCCGCAUCCUGCUGGCCGCGCGCCGGCAGGCCCGCCGCGUGGCCGCCCUCAGCCACCCCCCGCUGCCCCACCAGUACCUGGGGGCGCCGUCGCGCCCGCCGUCCCCGGGGCCCGCCGCCGGGGCCCUCAGGGGCCCGCCGCAGGAGGGGGACGACUACAGCCACCAGGAGCCCACCGCCUCCUGCAGCGCGCCGCUGUCGGUGAACAGCGAGCGGCGCCAGGCCCACCGACAGGGCCGGCGCGCCCUGAAGGCCAGCCUGACGCUGGGGGUCCUGCUGGGGCUGUUCUUCGGCGCCUGGCUGCCCUUCUUCAUCACCAACAUGGCCGAGGUCAGUGGGGGGUCAGGGGGUCAGGGCGCGGGCAUCGGGCGGACGGGGACCAUCAUCGUCAUCGACAUUCUCAUCGACGUCAUCAAUCGCCAAGGUGGGAGCCUAACGCGCGGCUCUCUGGGAUGGUCGCCGACCGUAGAGACGGUGGCAGUCUCCGUGGGGACAUGA